AUCGGCUAAUAAUGAUACUGUCACUCCCAAAGCAGCUUCCACGUUGAUUAAUCCAGAAUCAGGUGGGUCCAAGAAUUCAAUGGUAAAACAAGCCCUUGACAUGUUGAAGGAAUCCCAAGAGCAUGGAUGUGGAGGGAGAGGGUAGAGAAGAGCCCAUACCAUCCAAGUCUGAGCAUAGAACAGAGGCAAGUGGGGAAAGGAACAAGGAGAGGGAAAGGGAGAGAGAAAUGGACAGGGACAGGGAAAGAGCAAAAGCACGGGACCGUGAUAGAGGAAGGGAUUCUGAUAGGGAACGGGAGCGUGAUGAGAUUGACAAGGACCGGGAGAAGGUGAAGGAUAGAAAACAUCGGUCUAAGGAUAGAGGAGGGCAUUCAGAGAAAUCAAGGCGUCACUCAUCUCGAGAUCGGGACUACCACAGCUCCUCUUAUUCUUCAAGGGAGAAGGAUCGCCAUAGACAUCAUCCUUACUCUUGAACCAGUAGCCAAGGUGUACCUUUUUUCUAACCCAAC